AAGAGACGAGCCAAAGCUACGUAGAGAAGAAUUCAUGGCGAUGGAGUCCGCCGGUGGCCUCGCGCCGCACCAUUUCAUGUGCCCCAUCUCGCUGCACCCCAUGCAGGACCCCGUCACCGCGCCCACCGGCAUCACCUACGACCGCCGCGCCAUCCACCGCUGGCUCGCCGCCGGCCACGCCUCCUGCCCCGUCACCGGUCACCCGCUCUCCCUCGCCGACCUCACCCCGAACCACACGCUCCGCCGCCUCAUCGACUCGUGGAGCUCAUCCCAGCUCCCGCCUGGUGCUCAGCUCACGGCGGCGGCGAUGGCGGCGACGUUGCCAGCGGAUGUUGCUGGCGUCGUGGAGAAGGUGAUGGCGGCGGCGGCAGAGGGUGGUGGUGGCCGCGGCCCGUCGUGUGGUCUGCUCCGCGAGGCGGCCGCGGUCGCGUCGGAGAGCGGCGCGGCGAGGCGGUGCAUGGUGCAGGCCGCCGGCGUGCUCCGGCGCGUGCUCCGUCUCGCCGUGUCGUGCGCCGAGAAGAGCUGCUGCUCCUCCUCCUCGGGUGAGGCGAGGGUGUCGGCGAUGGAGACGUUCGACGCGUGCCUGGCUCUCUUCCACGCGCUCGACGUCUCCGCCGACGAGCUCCGGCCGCUCGUGGCCGACAACCACGACCUCGUCGAUGCGGUGACGCGGGUGCUGGUGGCCCUCGAGCGUGGGCGGCGAGACGAGGCCGCCGACGCGACGAGAGCGAGCGCGGUGCAGCUGCUGGAGUGCGUGACGGAGGCGGCCGACGCGUCGCUCCUGGAGCGGCUGAGGCCGGAGUUCUUCGCCGCCGUGACGGCGGUGGUGCGCGACCGGGUGUCCCCCGGCGCGGCGCGCGCCGCGCUGCGGACGCUCCUGCACGCGUGCGCCUCGAGCGGCCGGAACCGCGCGCUGGUCGUCGACGCCGGCGCGGCGCACGAGGCCAUCGAGCUGGAGCUGGACGCGUGGUCGCCGCAGGCGCCCGGGGGCCGGCGCGCGACGGAGCUGGUGGUGGCGCUGCUGGCGCAGCUGUGCGCGUGCGCGGACGGGCGCUCCGCCGUGGCGUCCCACCCUGCGGGGAUCGCCGUGGUGGCGAAGCGGGUGCUGCGCGUGUCGGCCGCCGCCGACGUGUGCGCGGUGCGCGUGCUCGCGGCCGUGGGCGGUAGGGCGGCGUCGCCGGAGGUGCUGCGGGAGAUGGCCCGCGUGGGCGCCGUCGGGAAGCUGUGCUGCGUGCUGCAGGCGGACUGCGACGCCAGCGUGAAGGAGACGGCGAGGGCCGUGCUGCGGAUGCACUCCGGCGUGUGGAGCGGCUCGCCGUGCGUCAGCGCUUACCUGCUGUCUCGCUACCUCUAAGCUACUUGGAACGCACUAAUUUAAUAGUUUAAUACUGAUUACAAUAAAACCAUGCAAAAUUCAUGUAUAAUUUUGUAUUUUGUGCGUUUCGAAGGACGACAGAAAAUUUUGUAAAUUCAUAUGCAGAUGAUAUUAGGUUGGUUUCGUAAUUGACUAAUAAUAAUGGUUGUACAUUUCUAUAUUGUGUAAUCCAAUAAUCAACCGACUGAUCAAAG